GGGGAAGCAUGUACACCAUAGCUGCGAGGUCGGGGAAGCAUGUACACCGUAGCUGCGAGGCUAGGGUGGUCUGAGAGAGGGCCAAGAACUUGGUGGCACCCAGUUGUGGCUCUUUGUCCACGAGUGGAGAAGGGAAAGUGUGACGACGGUGUCGCCCGUUCUUAGGUGCAGGAAUUGAGCUGCUGGCCAUAUAAAUUCACCUCGUCGUUGAUAUACAAUCAUUCACUCACUCACGCGAGAGAGAGAGAGAGAGAGAGAGAGAGAGAGAGAGAGAGAGAGAGAGAGAGAGAGAGAGAGAGAGAGAGAGAGAGAGAGAGAAAGAUGUCGGGGGAAGGGAGGAGAAUAGAGAACGUAAUUGCGUUCGGGAACCAGAGGAGGAAGAAGCUUCUGCUGACGGUUGCGGAAUCGCCGGGGAGCGUGAGUCAUGACGUGUACGGAAACGAGGGGAAAGUGCUGACCUGCGGGCUGUGCAGCGAAAAAGUUGACGUCAACGAGAAAGGCGAGCCGUUCAUUGCAUGCGAUAACUGCGUCUUUCCAGUCUGCCGACGAUGUUUCGACUUCAUCUGCCGUCACGAGGGGGGCAAAUGCCCUGGCUGUGGGACAACCUACGGCACAUCUUCCCCGGAAGACGGCGAUGGCGAUGACGGCGAUGGCGAUGGCGUCCAAGGUGCCAGUACUGCAGACGGGAGGAAGAAGGAGGCGGCUUCAGCUUCGCAAGGGAAGGACGGACAGCAGACCUCGGCGGCAGACUCGAGAAGAGUUAGGAAAGAUGCGAAAGGGGCCACGUCCGUCGCGGAGGAGGGAGGGAGGAAGAAAGACCAGCACGGAGAUGGGCACGGCGAUGGCGAGUCGCCACGUCAACGAGGUCGGAUGGCCGUGGGAUCUCAAGGUCAACGUCAACGGUCUGCGUUAUCCAGCAGUAUGGACUCGGAGUCAAGCAUGAAUGUCCCUCUGCUCUCCCAGACCAAUGCCGAUGCACGCAAGCCGCAGAACAACAAGCACAGCAGCAGUCCCUUAGCGGCCACUGAGCCCGAAUCACUCAGGCUGAGCGUCCAAGUGGGUGCGCAGUCUGCCUCCGACGCUGGCACUGCCAGCAAGUCAGACCUGUGGGAGUACGGCUAUGGCAGCGUGCAUUGGAAUGCAGCGAUGGUGGCUUCCGCCUCCUCUGGUGAGACUCGAGCCCCCGCCGCUUCGGGGGGCAAAGGAGGUGGAGACGGUGGGGGGGGCCACGAUGACGGCAAGCUGCGCAUAGACAUCAGCGACGACGUCCCUAUGUUGGAUGGCACCCGCCGGCCUCUCGCUCGCAAGAUGCAUAUGGCCUCCGCCCUCGUGAACCCAUUCCGAUUGGUCCUGACUUGCCGCGUGCUCAUCUUGGCAUUGUUCCUUAGGUACCGAAUCGCACAUCAGAACCAUGAAGCGCACCUGGUGUGGUUAGUGUCCGUCAUCUGCGAGUUCUGGUUCGCAUUGUCCUGGAUUCUGGACCAGGUUCCGAGGUGGUCUCCUAUAACUCGCGAGACCUACCCCGAACGACUCUCCCUUCGCUACGAGAAGCCCGGCGAGCCGAACAACUUGCUGCCGGUCGACGUCUUCGUCUUCGUGCCAGAGGUGGACGAUGACGUCAACAACAAUGUCGGCCCUCUUCGGCUGGCGAACAGCAUUCUCUCGGUGCUGGCAGGCAAUUACCCGGCGGACAGGCUGAGCUGCUACGUGAGCGACGACUCCGCCUCUCUGCUGACCUUCGAGGUGCUCACGGAGACCGCGAGCUUCGCCCGCGUCUGGGUGCCAUUCUGCAAGAAGUUCGACAUCGAGCCUAGGUCUCCCGAGGUGUAUUUCGGUCAACGGGUUGACCGGACGGCAGGGAAGACGCAUCCGGACUUCGUGAAGGACCGGAGGUUCAUGAAGACAGAGCACGACGAGUUCAAAGUGCGGCUGAAUGCUAUGGCGGCGAAGUUUAAGGACGUGCCAGCCAACGGAUGGACGAUGAGAGAUGGCAGUCCUUGGCCGGGGAACAAGUCGAAGGACCAUGCGGGAAUGAUCCAGGUAUUCGUGCAGCCGGACGGCGAGACCAAGGACGUCCUGGGCAAUCCUCUCCCUCGCUUGGUGUACGUGUCUAGGGAGAGGAGGCCCAAGUUCCUGGACCACAGGAAGGCCGGCUCACUCAACGCCGUAGCGAGGGCCAGUGCCCUGCUGUCGAACGGCACCUUCAUUCUGGUCCUGGACGCCGGUGACGUCAUCAACAACUCGCUGGCCAUCAGGGAGGGGGUCUGCUUUCUGCUCGAUCCCAGCAAGGGUGGGCGGGUCUGCUUUGUGCAGUUCUCUUGUCAGCCGCCAGAUUCGCUCGAUCCGUUCGGUUGCGGGAGGAGGCUGUUUUACGAGGGGACGAUGAGGGCUCUGGACGGUGUGCAAGGACCCCUUUACGUUGGAACAGGGUGUAUGUUCCGCCGGCAGGCGCUGUACGGCAUGGACCCUCCUCCCGUUCCCAAAGCGGACAAAGGACGCUCUGGUGGAUCUUGUUGUUGUGGAGGGGGAGGAGGCGUGUGCGGGUGCUUUGGCUGGAGACGAUACGGCGCUCCUACCGUCGGCACCGGACCGGAGAAGAGGUCUAUCAUCACUGCAGUCAUCCCCGGCGACCUGCGCAAUGAGGGGGAAGUGCCAACGAAGUGGCAUGGUCGCAGAUUUGGCAUCUGCCCCAACUUCGUCAUCACCACGUUGGACGCUGAGGGUGCAAUUCCCGACAUACCCCCCCAACAAGUUCUUGGUGACGUCAUCUUUUGUAUCUCCUGUGGGUAUGAGGACGGAACGGAGUGGGGCAAGAAGGCGGGAUGGAGGUACGGCUCCACGGCGGAAAGCUUUCUCACCGGCUUUGAGCUGCAUCUCAGCGGUUGGCGUUCUGUCUACUGUCAUUCCCGACCCACCAACCCGGCCAUUAGGGUGGGCCCAGAGGUGACCAUGGUCCAUAGGCUGCAUCAGAUCCGAUUUGAUGCCUUGGGCUCUCUCGACAUGUUCUUCUCCCGCCAUAACCCCUUGUGGAAAGGUUUGUUUCGUCGGCUGAAGCCCUUGCAGCGCAUUGCUUACAUCGGUAUGGUCAGCUAUCCCCUCGUCUCCAUGCCCAUUCUCGUUUACUGCUGCUUGCCAGCUUUCUGCUUGUUCACCGACCAGUUCAUUCUCGAUCCGGUCGACGUGGAAGCCAUAGCCAUGUACGUUCUGCUCGGGGCAUCAACGAUCGGUAUCUGUGUUCUUGAAGCUCGAUGGAGCGGGGUCAGCGUGAGUGACACGUGGCACAAUCAGCAGCUAUGGAUGAUCUCCGGGCUUAGCUCGCAUCUAGCCGCAGUGGUGCAGGGACUGCUCAAGGUGUUAACCGGCAUAGACACGCGACCGACGACCAGACCUUCGGGGUAUGGAUACGGCGAUGGCGCCGCAGCAGACGCAGCUGCUUCCGCUCUUAAACUGCCAUGGUUCUCUGCGCCGCCAAUUGUCAUCCUCGCCGUAACAGUGAUCGCAUGCCUGACGGCCAUAGCCAGAGAAGUGAAUCGCAAGAACCAGAAAUGGGCAAAUCUGGUGCACAGGCUGCUGUUCGCCUUGUGGGUACUCGCACAUCUCCUCCACUUCGGGAAAGUUGUGCUCGGGAAGAGGGAGAAGUUCCCCACGCUCAUCAUCGUCUGGUCUGUUCUGUUCGCCAUUAUUCUCUCUCUUCUCUGGGUUCGACUGCUGGCCUAAGAACAUGCUUACCCGGCUUUAUCCUCACAGAUGUGUGUGUGUGUGUGUGUGUGUGUGUGUGUGUGUGUGUGUGUGUGUGUGUGUGUGUGUUUGUGUGUGUGUGUUUGUGUGUGUGUUUGUGUGUGUGUGUGUGUGUGUGUGUGUGUGUGUGUGUGUGUGAGAGAGUUCGGGGGGGGGAGGCAAACCCCCCCACUUCCAAUCAAUCAAUAAAAAA